UCAUGUUGUUAUUUAUCUUUAAUCAAAGUGUACGAUGAAACUGCGUGAGAAAUAUUAAAUAACCGGUCUAUUUCUUACUUUAUUUAUUUGCUUAAUGCCGGCAUAUAGUUCUUAGUAAAAAUUCAGUAAAUAGUUUAUUCCAGAGAAGUGCAAACGAUUAAUAUUUUAAUUAAACUUUUACUUCCACUUUUAUUUGUUUGUUUAUUUUGCCGUCUAUCACAUGUUUAUUGUUAUCUUAAGUGAUAGCGAUUGUUAAAGGUUAAUUCGACUGAAAAUGAUAUAAAUUAGUAUCUUUUAGAUACUAAAGGCACAAGAAUUGGUAAUAUUUAAAUAAGACUAAUGUACAAUAUGUUACGAGUAGCUGUUUUACUGUUCUCAUUUUCGACAUGUUUUGCUCGAUUUAUAGUUCAUCCAGAGGUAGUUCCAUCUGUUGGACGGGCUUGGCCACAGCCUCAACAAUAUGUUUCUGAAUCAACGUAUUUCACUGUGGAUCGCACUAAAUUUUAUUUUUCUGAUUCAAGUAAAUGUGAUAUUAUUGUGGAUGCCAUGACUCGGUAUAUGAAUAUAAUUUUUCAGGGAUGUCAAAAUUCAUCUUCCACUUUCCCACUUAAUGAGCAACAGAAGCUUGCCAUCAAAAACAGUAGCGGAGAUCUACCUUAUUUGACUAUUAAAAUUGCAGGAUCCUGUGAAAAAUAUCCUUAUGAAAAUAUGGAUGAACAGUAUAUGAUAGAAAUCAACACCCGAGAUUACUUAGGAGCUGGUAUAUUGUAUUCAACAACUGUUUGGGGAGCUCUUCGAGGAUUAGAAACAUUUAGUCAACUGGUUUAUGAAAUUCAACCUGGAGUGCAUGCAAUUAAUACAAGUCUCACUCUUGAUUUUCCGAGGUUUUCUUACAGAGGAGUACUUUUAGACACGUCUCGCCAUUUUGUACCUGUUCCUCAUCUUUUGGCAAACUUAGAUGCUAUGGCCAGUGUCAAAAUGAAUGUAUUUCAUUGGCAUAUUGUGGAUGAUCAGUCGUUUCCCUACGUCAGCAAAACAUUCCCUGAAUUAAGUGAAAAAGGUUCAUUUAAUCCUAAAACUCAUACUUAUUCUCAAAAAGAAAUUGCCCAAAUUAUUGAAUAUGCUAGACUAAGAGGUAUUAGAGUUGUUGCUGAGUUUGAUUCUCCUGGACAUACUAUGUCUUGGGGAAAUGGCCGACCUGAUAUACUGACUAAAUGUUACACUGGAUCCCAAUGGAAUGGAAAUUAUGGUCCCUUAGAUCCAUCCAAUCAUGAUGUUUAUGUGUUCUUAAAAUCACUCUUCUCUGAGAUAGGAACUGUUUUUCCUGAAAAUUAUGUGCAUUUGGGAGGAGAUGAAGUUAGCUUUAAGUGCUGGCAAUCAAAUCCUGGAAUCAGAUCAUUUAUGAAAGCUCAUAAUAUAUCUACUUAUGCUAAACUGGAGGAAUAUUACAUGCAAAACUUGCUGGAUAUUGUUAAGGCGCUGAAUAAAAGCUAUGUUGUUUGGCAAGAAGUCUUUGACAAUGGUGUCAAGAUUAAAAAAGAUACAGUUGUUCACGUUUGGAAGGAUGGUUAUAAAUCUGAAUUGGCUAAUGUAACUGGUGCUGGAUAUAAUGCAAUUCUUUCAUCCUGCUGGUAUUUAAAUUACAUAUCCUAUGGAAAUGAUUGGCAUGCAUAUUAUCAAUGUGAUCCUCAUGACUUCAAAGGCAGUGGAGAUCAGAAAAAUCUUGUUAUUGGAGGCGAAGCCUGUAUGUGGGGAGAAUAUGUAGAUGGAUCAAAUGUGAUCAGUCGAACUUGGCCCCGAGCUGCUGCUGUAGCUGAGAGAUUAUGGAGUAAUAUAUCUGUGACUGAUAUUAAUGCUGCUAUUCCAAGAUUGGAAGAACAACGUUGCAGAAUGUUGAGGCGCGGUAUAAAAGUUGAACCAGUAAGUGGACCUGGAUACUGUGAAUGUGAUUACUUAUUGUAAUUUUAAAAAAUAUCAGUUUUAUUUUUGUUGAUUUUAUUUUUAAAAAAAGGACGUGUAAGAUUUGAAAUUU